AUGGGGGACAGGUGCUGCGAUUUGCCUCCGUGCAUUGCUUGGCAAAGUUAUUCCAACAGUGCCCUUCUUCAGACAGUGCAGGAGAUCACCAGCGUUUUGCAGGAACGUCUGCAAGCUCCAGCGACUUCCAGGCCUGAGACUGGCACCUCUGGAGCUCAAGGCAGUGCAGGGUCCGCCAACGAGCAGGGCUUGGUGAGACCGUGGAGUUGUGGCUUCACCUGCCGCUGGAGGGUCACACCUAUCACUCCUGCUACGAGCAUAGACAUCGACGAUGAGGAAAAGAUGGAAGAGCAGGAUGUUGAAAGCGGUGAUGACGUUUUUGGCAGUACAGGUGCUCAGUUUGAGAUGACUGGUGAACAAUUUGAACCAAUGCAUUCAUGGGAAGAUUUUGAACACCUGGAAUCAUGUGCAAAGGACGCCAAUACUUUUCCUCCUGUUUUUCCUGGUUCUUUUGCUGCACAGCGUGAUACUGGAGACCAUGUCAAGUUUGUGGACAAAGGUACCUCUUCAGCAAAAGUGGAGCCUGGCAGGUUGGAGCGAGUUGCGUCAGCUGCACCUCCUGGGAUCGUUUCAGAAGCAUUGCGUCUUACAGACAAGAAGACGCUUUUGUACCCAUGGGAGAAAGGUAGACUUGGGCGCAUCUUUGGACAGCAAGGGCGCCUUUCAUUAAAGAAGCCCAAGUUGAAUCCAGGGGUCAACAAUUUUGUCAACGUGGGCAUUGGUAUCUCUGAUGGAUUUCAUCUUGAUGGAACGGUGACAGUGCAAACUACGCUGCAUGAGGCGGCUUUGUACAAGGCCGUGGUCAAGAACAUUGUAGGUUGCACAUUCACUGAAGAACGUGCAUCUCAAAGAGAACAUGCAUUGCAUCAAUGGUGGGACUUGCUGCGUUUGAACAUGGCUGCAAGUGACCCGGGCCGUGCUGCAGUUCAGGAGAAGGGCCUCUCCGAGGUUUUCAGAUAUGGGCUAGAGCUGCUUGACGCCACCUUCGGCCUCAAAAGUCCCGGCACAUUACUCAAAAGACUUUGUGCCAUCAAACUCUUCAACCAGUGGCAGAUGCGCAAUUUCACAGAGACCUGGAUCCCAUUCUCUGAACAACGUGUUUGGGCCUACAUGCGCGACUUGAAAGAAACCAAGGCUCCCGCUUCGAGAGCAGUCAGUCUUCUGGAGUCUAUACGCUUCUGCCAUUAUGUGCUCAAAGUGGACGGUGCCCUGAGCGUAUUGGAAAGUUUGAGAAUCAAGGGACUAGUUGACCGCAUCUUCAUUGGUCACCUUCUGCAUAUGCUGUAUGCUCGGGCUCGCUUCAGUGACUUGCUGGCGGUGACAGAGCUCUUCAUUGACGCUGAGGGUGCUUACAUUGAAGUGAGCGCAACCUUGCACAAGGGGGCCAGGAGUAUGGACGCGAAGUCGAAGUUGCUUCCGAUUGUGGCUCCUGCAGUUGGCAUCAAUGGUGACAGUUGGGCAAAGGAGUACCUGGAGCUGAGACACAAGCUCGGCCUGAAAGAUCCGGGUAGCACAGCCACGCCAAUGUUGUUGGCACCAAAGCCCGGAGCCAUCGGUUGGGAAGACAGGUAUAUCACAUCCCAAGAGUUGAACUCGUUUCUCAAAAGGAUUUUUGCUUCUGGAGGUAGGCCCAUUGCAGGGCGAAAAAUCACCACACAUUCGUUGAAGGCCACUGGAUUGUCUUGGUGUUCGAAGCUGGGCAUCUCCGAAGAACACCGUGCCAUCCUUGCCAGGCAUGCGAAAAGUGUGCAAGGUGCAACUGUUUUGUACUCGCGUGAUUUGCUGUCCAGUGCAUUGCGAUCCUUUGAGCGGGUUUUGCAGUCCAUCAAGGGACAAACAUUUCACCCUGACAAGUCGAGGUCUGGCAUGAUAACACCUGCCAGGGCCACGCCUGCUGGUGCUCCUUCUACGCCGCUCCCUCCAGUGGCACCUGCGUUGGGCACCGUGGGCGCUGCAGCAACUCCCUUUGACAUGGCAGGUGAACAUCUUGUUCGAGAUGUGCAGGAAGCUGGCAAGCAAGUGGACUUGGAGCACUUGCAUGAUCGUUUCAGGGCUGGGUACGAAGAUUACUCGCCUGGGACCGCUGUGAACUCUCCUGCAGUCAAAGAGGAAUUUGUCUGGCCAGACGUGGAGUGGGAUGGUGCCGUCAUUGACCUCGAAGAACAGCACGACCUCCUCACUGCUUGGCAGUCAGGCUCGGAAGAAGAGUCCAGUGGAUGCUCGGACUCCAGUGAGGACACAGACUUUGAAUGGGACUUGGAUGAAGAAGACGAUGCAGAAGUCCCGAAGCGCGGUGGCGUAGUCGUCAAGUGGUUUAUCAAUGUGAAGACGAACGUCAUCCAUGAAAAGCGCAAUGAAACCACUUUCAGGUGUGGCAGACCGAUGAGUCAGACCUAUGUGGCUGUGCCUGCACUGACAGGCCUUAGAUGUGGAACGUGCUUUGCGCAUAGCAUCUGA